AUGUCGGAAAUACCCAAGCAGUACAAGGCUUGCGUUUACGAUGAACCCGGAAAGAUUUCUACCAAGAUCGAGACUCGAGAGACGCCUGAGCCCGGGCCUGGUGAAGUCUUGAUCAACCUCACUCAUUCGGGAGUCUGCCACUCUGAUCUGGGUGUCAUGGAGAACUCAUGGGCCUCCCUCCCAUAUCCAACCCAGGCAGGCCAGGUCGGGGGUCACGAAGGCGUAGGUAAAGUGGUAAAGCUGGGCCCCGGCAGCGAAAGCUCGACUGUUAAGGUCGGAGAUCGUGUCGGCGUGAAGUGGGUAUCUGGGACCUGCGGGAGUUGUCCUCAGUGUUUGGGUGGUUCUGAAGCUCUUUGCCCAAAGGCAAAGGUUAGUGGAUAUUACACUCCUGGCACUUUUCAGCAGUACUGCAUUGGCCCUAUCAACUAUGUUACUGCAAUCCCAGAUAACCUACCAUCCGCCGAUGCUGCUCCUAUGCUGUGUGCUGGCGUGACCACCUAUGCCGGCUUGCGCAAAUCCAAAGCCAGGUCCGGCGAAUGGGUCGUCAUCUCCGGCGCCGGUGGUGGCCUUGGUCAUAUUGCUUGUCAACUCGCGGCUGGCGGAAUGGCUCUUCGCGUCAUUGGCAUUGACGCCCCCUCCAAGAAGCAGGUCGUCAUGAACUGCGGCGCCGAACACUUCAUUGACGUAACUGCGCACGACGACACAUCUAUCGUGGAAGAAGUCCUGAAAUUGACAGGUGGCCUUGGAGCAAGCGCCGUGCUCGUGUGCACGGCGAGCAACAAGGCUUAUGCGCAGGCGUUGGAUUUCUUGCGAUUUGACGGUACUCUUGUCUGCAUUGGCAUGCCUGAAGGAGCGCCUCAACCAAUAGCGAAGAGUUUUCCGCAGGCACUCGUGUUCAAGCAGGCAAACAUUUGCGCCGUCGCAGUGGGGACCAGGCGGGACGCAAUCGAGUGUCUAGACUUCGCAGCGAGGGGGAUUGUAAAAGCGCAUUACAGGACGGAGAAGAUGGAAAACCUGAUGGAGGUGUUCCAGGAAAUGAAGGACGGGAAACUGAUUGGUCGAGUGGUCUUGGAUUUACAAUAG